AUGGACUAUUUUGGUUUAAAUCCUGUAGUAGUGCAGGUAUUGAACAAUCUGCAAUAUAGGUAUAGUGGUGAAACACCAGAAAUGUGGUAUUCUCGUGUUCAUUAUCCAUUUAAGAAACUUCUUGAAUAUAACCCAAAAUACUUCUCCAAGAAUGGAUUUAUUCAAAUGAUUGAAAGAUCAUAUAAAAUAGUGAAUAGUAUCCCAAACACUAAUGGUGAAUUUAAAGCUGGAAGAUACUCAUUUCAUAUUUAUUGCACUAAUGUGAAAAAAAGAGUAUCAUCAGAAUUAAGUAAUGAUAAGAUUGAUGAAAUUUAUGGUAAUAUUUAUUUUAGAUACAGAAAAAGCUCUGAAUUUUAUUGUUCUCGUGUUUCAAAAGAAAUUAAGAAAAGUGUUGCAUAUCGAUUAAUUAAUAGUACAAAAAUUCCUUUUACAUAUAAUCGAAUGCAAAUCACUCCUUAUCCUGGUUGUUCCCUCCAUUGUCUUGCUAAUGAUGAAGGCCCUUUGGCUUUGAAAUCUGUUGGAGAAAAAUUACUUCAUUGA